GCGGGCUGAGCUCUGCCCCGGCCCCGGCUCCGCCCCGGCGGCCUGCGUGAGCCCGGAUCCUGCUGCCGCUGCAUCGCGGAGCCGCGCCGCAGCCAUGCCGAAGCACGAGUUCUUCGUGGACAUGACCUGCGAAGGCUGCUCCAACGCGGUCACUCGUGUCCUGAAUAAGCUGGGAGGCGUCCAGUUUGACAUCGACCUGCCCAACAAGAAGGUGUGCGUUGAGUCAGAGCACAGCAUCGACACCUUGCUAGAAACACUGAAGAAAACCGGGAAGACCACCAACUACCUGGGGGAGAAGUGACCCUGGAGGGUCCAUCUUCCUCGGUGCUGCCAGGAAGCACGAGCGCAUGGCUCCAGGAAGACCGUGGCUUACUGUUUACACUUCUGCUGACACCCCUUUCCUCCUGACCUGGGUUCCCCUACCAGCUGCUGGAAAGAAGAGGGCUAGAAAGGAAGAAGACCCCCGGAGGAAAAAGCCGAUCGUGCAGUAAAAUUCCCCUCUUGACCUGUUAGAGCUCUUGGUGCAAACUCCCUCUCCGGCCCUGCAAUAAAGGAAGGAGCUGCUUCUCUUCUCCAUG